AUGAUAAAUAAUUUAAACACCAUUAAUCCUUCAAUUACUGAAGAUACUCUGAGUUUGUCCAAUAAUUCUGAAUCUAAUCUCAACAACAACAACAACGAUAAUAACAAUCCACAACAAAGUGAAAAUAUAGAGAUGAAAGAUUUGGAUAAAUCCGAGUAUACGAAAAUACCAGAUGUGUUGAUAACUGAAGAAAGAACAAGAACACCAAGUGAUCUUUCUAUUUCUGAUGUGAAUUCUUAUUUACAACCAUCUAUAGAGGAUCAAAAUGGACGAGUGUCAUAUUUACAAGAUUUGGAGGAUCUUCCUCAAGGACGUCAUUUGGGAUUAUUUUCAACUAUUGUUUUAUUUGUGAGUCGAAUCUUAGGAAGUGGGAUAUUUAGUAUCACUAGUGGUAUCUACCAGGAUUGCGGGCAAUCUGUUUUCUUGUUUUUCAGUGCAUGGUUUGUUGCUGGUGUUGCUUCAUUUGGGGGAUUAUAUGUUUUUUUAGAAAUGGGAUCAUUGGUUCCACGAAGUGGUGGUGCCAAAGUAUUCUUGGAAUUUAUAUAUCCAUAUCCUAAAUUACUUGCCACAGUGGCAUUUCUGGUUUAUUCAGUAUUGUUUGGUUUUACAAUUUCCAAUGUGUUGGUUUUUGGUGAAUAUGUGAUACAUGCAUGUGGGAUUGAACCAUCAGAUUUUAAGACAAGAAGUGUUGGCUUGGUGUUUUUAUACUUUGCUGCAAUACUCCAUGGUGUUAGUGUUUCCCAUGGGGUGAGAAUACAGAAUGUUUUAGGUGGAUUGAAACUUGUACUUGUUGGUAUUAUUGUUGUUUCUGGAUUAUAUGUGACUGUUUUCCCUGAAUCAAUCACUGGUAUCAAACACGAAGUUGAAUGGAAUAGAUUUUUUGAUAUAAGAUCGAGUACAAGUGUACUGAAAUUUGCUUCUGCUGUGAUUAAAGCAUCGUUUGCCUUCUCGGGUUGGAAUUCAGUGCAUACCGUUUCAAACGAGAUUAAAGAUCCUGUUCGUACAUUCAAAAUCGCUGGUCCAGUAUCAUUGGGUAUCAUGGCAGUAACUUAUCUUAUUGCAAACCUCGCAUAUCUUACUGUGAUUCCAAACGAUGAGUUAGCUAAUGGAAGCACACUUGCAGGAGCAAUAUUAUUCACAAAGAUCUUUGGUAACUUCAUUGGACAAAAGUUGUUAACUUUGGCUGUUGCGUUGUCUUCUGCUGGAAACAUAUUUGUGGUGAUUUAUACAAUAUCAAGAGUAGAUCAAGAGGUUUUUCGUGAAGGAUACUUACCUUUCUCGAGAUUCAUGUCCAGUAACUGGCCCCGUGGUGCUCCAUUUCGUACGUUGAUAUUGAGUUGUAGCUUAACAACCACUAUCAUUAUAUUAUUUCCACAUGGUGAUAUUUACAGUUAUAUGGUAUCCUUAGAAGGUUAUCCACAACAAUUGGCCAUUGCAUUGAUUGCGAUUGGGAUAUUUAUUGUUCGCAAGAGAUAUCCAGAAUUGAGAGCACCUAUAAGAGCAGGAUAUACAGGAACCAUUGCAGUUUUCAUCAUUAGUUUGUAUUUAUUAAUUGGUCCAUUUGUAUCCUCACAAAGUCCGAACCCUAAAGGGUUAGAGAAUUGGCCAAAUUAUGGACUUGUUGCAGUGUUUUGUAUUCUUGCAUGUAUUGCAUUUUGGUAUGUCAAGUUCAAGUUGUUACCAUCAAUAGGUGGUUACGAAUUAGUUUCAGACGAAGAGAAGUUGAGUGAUGGGUUAACUAUUAAACAAUGGAAUAAGGUAUAUAACUAUACAGCAUUAUAG